CCCGAAAUCGGGCGAUUUACUGCUGGUUUUCAUAGUAAUUACAACUUAUUUCAUAAUAAAAUGGAUUUGUUUAGUGAUGAAAGUGAUAAUGAGAUGUAUGAAGCCGGUGUAUUUGAUUCUGCGACAGCUACAAUAUCUGGUGAAUGCACAGUGUACAGUCGCAUUAACUAUGAAAGUGAAUUGUCUGACUCGGAAUUUACAUUCAGAUUUAGAUUAAAUAAAAGUAGUGUUAAUGAGUUAUUAGUAAAAAUUUUACCAAAUUUGAGAGUGAAAUCCUCCCGGAACUAUGGUGUAUCUCCACUACACCAGUUGUUGCUCACUCUUAGAUUUUAUGCAUUGGGCACAAUGCUUGUAUCUGUUGCCGACUUCUUUGGAGUUUCUAAAGCAACGGCUAGCAGAAUUGUGUCUGAUGUAUCUCGUGCAAUAGCUGGACUGUAUCCUGAAUAUGUUAAAGUUUUGGAAAACACACAGCAUGCCUUCCAUGCCAUUGCAGGAUUCCCCAAAGUACUUGGAGCAAUUGACUGUACACAUAUACCCAUACAAUCACCCAGUUCUAAUAUAGGAGAAGAGUACAGGAAUAGGAAAGGAAUAUUCUCAAUGAAUGUUCAAGGAGUCUGUAAUGCAGACUUGCUAUUUAUGAAUGUAGUUGCUCGGUGGCCAGGGUCUGCUCAUGAUGCUACUAUAUUUAACAAUUCCAUUAUUAAAAGUGAGUAUAAGCAUGAAGGCGUAAUCGUGGCAGAUGCCUUUCCUUUGCGAACGGAUGUUUUGAAACCAUAUAAUACUAGAGGGGAGUUUAAUGAUAAACAAAAAAUAUUUAACUAUCGACUGUCAAGAGCUCGACGCGUGGUCGAAAACACUUUCGGAAUAUUGGUAUCAAAAUUCCGAAUCUAUGAAAAGGCAAUUCCACUGUCAGUGCAAAAAGUUGAACAACUUGUUAAAACGACGUGUGCACUACAUAAUUGGCUCAGAGAAACCACAGUGGAUUACGUGCAACAACGAUCAUUGGAAACUGAGGAUUGGGUCACAGGAUCCAUUGUACCUGGAGAAUGGCGAGAAGUACCGUCUUUAGCAAUAAGCGAUUUACCGCCAACCAAUGCAAGAAAUCACAGUGAAAAUGCCCGCCGCGUGCGUGACUUAUAUGCAGAAAAGUUUGUCACUUCAUGCACUGUAUCAUGGCAAUGGAACAUGAUAAGAAGAGGAUAUAAUAACACUACUGCCACUAAUAAUACUGAAUAAACCUAUACUUACUGUUCGUCUACUUUGUUUUUAUUUGAGUUUAAGUAUUAAGUAUCUUACUUACGAGACUUGAUGUACUCUGCCGU